AUGACGAAACCGCGUCGUGGGGUUCGAUUCCCUGGCCGUAACGGCAAUGGUCAUGCCUCAUCCGAAGGGAGAAGAUCGAGCUUUAGCGAAAUAAGCGAAGAUGGUUCUGGGUCGCCUGUCAAGGUCAAGAAUUCUCCUCAACUAGAUGGCAUCAGCGAAAAAGCACCUGAAUCCGAUUACGAAAAGAAAAAAGCAAACUUCAUCACUCGAGCCUUUUGGACUCUUGUAAUGAUCGGAGGUUUUUUCACGGCUUUAUUUGCAGGUCAUAUAUAUAUCAUCGCCUGUAUUACCGUCGUUCAAAUCGUAUCUUUUAAAGAAGUCAUCGCCAUAGCUAGCGUUCCUAGUCGAGCUCGACAACUACGCCCUACUAAAAGCCUAAACUGGUACUGGCUUGCGACGACUAUGUAUUUCCUGUACGGCGAGACCGUCAUUUACUAUUUCAAGCAUAUUGUGCUAGUCGAUAAGGUCUUGCUUCCUCUUGCCACGCACCACCGCUUUAUCAGCUUCAUUUUAUAUGUCAUCGGCUUCGUUUUCUUCGUCGCCAACCUUAAAGCUGGCCACCUCAAGUUCCAAUUCACCAACUUUGCUUGGACACAUAUGGCAUUGUACUUGAUCGUCGUCCAAGCACACUUCGUCAUGAAUAACGUCUUUGAGGGCAUGAUCUGGUUCUUCUUACCAGCUUCCCUCGUUAUUACUAAUGAUAUUUUCGCCUACAUCUGUGGUAUUACCUUUGGAAGGACACAACUAAUCAAGCUGUCUCCAAAAAAGACAGUGGAAGGGUUUGUUGGCGCUUGGUUCAUGACCAUCAUAUGGGCCGUUCUUCUAACCAACGUCCUGAUGCGCUCCAAGUACUUCAUCUGCCCCGUCAACGACCUAGGUGCCAAUAUAUUCACUGGCCUCGAAUGUGAUCCGAAUCCCGUCUUCCUAGCUCGUACCUACACUCUACCUCAACUAUUCUUCCUCCCAGAAGGUUCUAGCUUCUCUAUCACCAUGGAACCCAUGCAGUUUCACUCCAUCAUUCUGGCCUCCUUCGCCUCUUUAAUUGCACCUUUUGGUGGUUUCUUCGCAUCUGGACUCAAGCGUACCUUCAAGAUCAAGGACUUCGGUGACUCCAUCCCUGGACAUGGUGGAAUGACGGAUAGGAUGGACUGUCAAUUCAUUAUGGGAUUCUUCGCCUUCAUCUACUACCAAACUUUUAUCGCGCAACACAAGGUCAACUUUGGUAAUGUCAUGGAGUUGGCUAUUACUGGGUUAACGUUGGAGGAACAGAUGGAUUUGGUAAAAGGUAUGAGCAGGUAUUUGGAAAACCAAGGAGCUUGGGGUCCUGAAGUCCACGAAUGUCUAGAACGAGUAUUACCAGCCCGGCGAUAA